AUGUCUGACUUUCAAAAGGAAAAGGGUGAGGAACAAGAACAACCUCAAAUCAUCAAAAUCAGAAUUACUUUGACCUCUACCAAGGUUAAGCAAUUGGAAAACGUCUCUAACAACAUUGUUAGAAAUGCUGAACAACACAAGUUGGUCAAGAAGGGUCCAGUUAGAUUACCAACCAAGGUUUUGAAGAUCUCUACCAGAAAGACCCCAAAUGGUGAAGGUUCCAAGACCUGGGACACCUACGAGAUGAGAAUCCACAAGAGAUACAUCGAUUUGGAAGCUCCAGUCUCAAUUGUCAAGAGAAUCACCCAAAUUACUAUUGAACCAGGUGUGGAUGUCGAAGUUGUUGUCGCCAAGAACUAA